CAGAUGAAGAAUCAGCAGAACUCAAAUUAAUUAUAAAUGAAGAAUAUCAAGUAAGCGAUAAUGAGAUUAUUACUAAUGAGAAUAAUUUUAGAGAGGGAACAAGUGAUUCUUGCAAUGUGUUAAGUCAGAAAAAACUUGAAAAAAGUGAAAAUUUAUCUACUACUGAAGUGGAAGAAACAUAG